CAAAACUGGUCAAGAAUUCGAGACAAACUUAACAGAAGGAUUUGUUGAGGGGUUUAAUUGUAUGGAGGGCAUCAUGUAGUGGAGCAGCUCAUUUAUCAUCAUCUGCUAGAUAGACAGGGCAGUCACCAUGUUAAGAUACCUCCCUUCAUGAGAAGGGACUUGAAUUAUGUUACCAAAGAAAAAUCUUUUAGAAUCUUCACGAGAGCUGGUUUGAAGUUAACAAUUCCACAUCUAUGGAAUAAGGAAAAGGAAAGCCUACAAGAGAUCUGUCUAAUGGAUGAGAAUUUUCAGAUAAGGUACCCUAGCAUUCCAGAUUUUCUAGAACCCUCAACAUUGUUGCUUUAUGGGAAUGGAAGUCAAAGCCCAAUUGAGUUCCCAAAUACAUUCCUUAGGAAAUUGCAGCGUCUCCCAGUUCUUGUGCUUCUCCAGAUGGGAGUUGAAUCACUGCCCUCAUUCCUUUGCAGUUUGCCAGAGCUUCGUGUACUUGUACUAAGAAAUUUUCGCUCACUGGAAAAACUGAACGAAAUGCAUCAAUUCCAAAAACUUGCAUUACUUAGCCUUUCAGGUGCUAGUGGUCUGAAGGAAAUCCCAGAUGACUUUUUUUGGUCAAUGUCUUACCUUCAAGUCCUCGACCUUUCUGAGACCCAAAUUGAAUAUUUACCAUCAUCUAUUUCCCAAAUUUUUAGCCUUCGUAACCUUAUCCUGAGAGGAUGCUCACACUUGAGAUUUCUGCCACAGCUGAAGUACCUAACAGCCCUUGAGGUGAUUGACCUUUCAGGUGCAACCAUUCUGCAUAAAAUCCAUGACUUUGGGCCCAAGAAUUCACUUCAUCUACUUGACUUCUCUACAACAUUAAUUCAAAAAUUUCCAGCCUCACAUAACCUUCCAUACAUCAGAUACCUUCAACUAAAGGGCUGUCCAAACUUAGAAGUCAUGCCAGUAUUGGAUAAAUUUCACAAUCUGGAAGUUCUUGAUCUCUCGGGUGCUACCAAUUUCAAGGGAUUCAUAAAUACAGAUUUUGGACCUAUGGAUAAUCUACAGAAGCUCGAUCUCUCAGGUACUAAGGUUGUAUGGCUACCUUGGAUUUCCAAAUGUAACAAACUACAAAAGCUCCUACUAAGAUGUUGUUUGAAAAUAGAAGCAUUGCCAGAUUUAACAGCUCUUAGGAAACUAUAGGUUCUUGAUGUUUCUGGUUCUACCAGUUUAAGGUUCAACUAUGAGUCCAUAGGAGAAAAGGAUGACCUACAAAAGCUUGAUCUGUCUGCUGUUGGUGUUAAAUGGUUUCCUUCACUAUCCAAAUGUGCCAGCCUCCAUAAGCUCUUACUAAGAGGUUGCCUAGAGUUAGAAGUAUUGCCGCACUUAGCACUUACAAAACUUGAGGUGCUUGAUCUUUCAGGAUCUACUGCAUUUAAGGAAUUUCAAUAUGGACCAUUUGGACCGAAGAAUCUCCGAGUACUUGACCUCUCAGGGACCCAGGUUGUCAACUUGCAAAUCUUUUCUAAAUGCAAAAACCUUUGUCAGCUUUUACUCAGUGGUUGUUCUAAAUUAGAAAAGUUACCAGACUUGGAAGCACAUACUAGACUUGAGGUGCUUGAUCUUUCAGGUACUAACAAGUUCAGGGGAUUCCAGGAUGAAAAAUUUUGGAAAAAGGAUGACCUACGAAUACUCAACCUCUCUGCAACACAGGCUACACAAUUACCAUCCGUUUCCAAAUUCACUGGUCUCUGUCAACUUCUACUGAGAGAUUGUUCAAAAAUAGAGAACUUGCCAAACUUGGAAGCACUAACAAAACUAGAGGUGCUUGAUCUUUCAAGAACCCAGAUUGUACAAGUACCAUUACUGUUCAGAUCUAGUGGCCUCCGUCAACUCUUAUAACAAGGAUGUUCAAAAUUAGU